GUGUCUCCCUCUGUCUCUGCCCCUCCCCCGCUUGCAUUCUCUCAAGGAUAAAUAAACGUUAAAGAAAAAAAAUCUACCCACAGAUGAAACAAAAACAUCCCAAAUACCCAAAGCUUUGCCUAAUUGCUUUCAAUUUUGGCCUGUCCCAGGUGCCAUUUUGUUUGGGAUGCAUUUCCUUGUGGCCCCCAAAACACCUUUUCUAAACGCACAUUUUCUGACAGUUGAGCAGGGUUAUUUGGGUUUAUCAGGUCCACAUUCAACAACCCCCAAAACUCCUUCCUGCGGUCCCUCCAAGCCUGUGGUGAUUGGUCCCAAUGGUGUCUAUCUGGUGACCUUUUUAAAAUCCUGAAUCGGGCCGUCGUCAUUUGCUCAUUACUGGCUUUGGUUUGCACCUGCUGCUUUUUAUGUGAAACUAAAUCUCCUGAAUACCUCAGUUUACGUUUUAUUUUGAUAGUCUACACUCAUGAUACAUAAAGUACACAAGGGUGCACCGUGAAAAAUAAUCCCUCCCCCAUGCCCUGAAUGUUUUCUUCCCCCAAGGCAACCACUAGUUCCAGUUUCGAGCUCUGUAAUACUUUUGUGUUCAUCCAGAAUGUUCUAGGCUUGUGUGAACUUAGAUAUAUGACAUCUUUUUUGGGGUGUGUUGUCUAUUAACGGUGCUUAGAAAUGUGUUGCUUUUUUUUUAACUUAAUGCAGAAGCUUGGAGAUGGUCAUGCAUCCGUUUGUGUAGAAGUGUCUUUAAAAAAAAUUUUUUUUUUGACAUUUUUAUUUAUUUCUGAGACAGACCUGGAGCGUGAGCGGGGGAGGGGAAGAGAGCGACAGGGAGACACAGAAUUGGAAGCAGGCUCCAGGCUCUGAGCUGUCAGCAGAGAGCCUGAGGUGGGGCUCAAAGCCGCCAACUGUGAUGAGAUCAUGACCUGAGCCAAAGUUGGACGCUCAACCGACUAAGCCACCCAGGCGCCCCAAGGUGCCUUCUUAUUCUUAAGGGCUGCAGAAUAUUCCACUGUAUGAGAGGUGCCUGGCUGGCUCAAGAGCAUGUAUAUGACUCCUGAUCUCAGGGUUGUAAGUUCAAGCCCCAUGUUGGAUAUAGAGGUUACUUAAAAAAAAAUAAAUAAAUAAAAAAGGAUAUCCCACCAUAUGGCCGUGGUAUGGUAUUAGACUAGUCCUUAAUUUGUGGACGUGUAAGUCAUUUCCAGGCUUGGGUACAACACCCGGUGCCUCUCAGUUGAAUUUUCUUGCGGGUACUCUGCUUCCUAUGACUGUAUCUGUGGAAUGUGUUUCUAGGAGGACAUUGUUGAGCCAAAGACUAGGUGGGGAAGGUGAGAGACUCUUUACUGUGAGGGUGGAGUGGGGUGGGGAUCUCUGUGGGCCUGAGAGAGAGGAGGUUCCCUCUGGGGGAAUGCCAGUCCCAGGCAGCACCUUUUCAGUGAGUUUUCCCCGCUAACUAGCUAUGCUGUGCCUCUGGGCCAACCCUUUGGCUCUCUCUGGGCUUCCAUUUUGAUGUCUGUGGGAUGGUCCUCCAAGCUCUGGGGUCUGUUCUCCCUCAAGGUGCCUGUGGUUAACAUUUAAUUUCCUCGCGGGGCUGUGUCUCAGCGCAGCACCCAAAUGCUGAAUGCUUAUUCAGGAUUUUUCUGAAGUUGCCCGGUGAGAAUGGAGAGUUCCAUCCUGUGGACUGGAUUUCGCAAAAGCAGUUCACGGUCUCCUUUAACGAGCCUAUUGGAAGAUGCUCUGCCUUUCAUUCAGAGGACCCCGCUCCCCCCGCCCCGCCCCCGGAGGCCUCGCUCGUAUCCAUCCUGGACCAUGUUCAUCUGCCCCAGUGGCCCCUGUCCACACUCGGAGGUCGGCGACGCGUGGCGCGGCCCGCGUGCUGGGGCUCGCCCGCAAGUUAGAUCUGGAGGAGGAGCGUCGUCAGGUUACCUUUGGGGGUAGUCGUCGUUCUGGAUUCCACACCCCACCCCGCCACCUCUGCUCUCACGCACCGUCUCUCCUCGUGCCUGUAACAUCUUUCUCAGAACGUAAGGCGCGUCACGCUGCGCCAUUGUUGCGUCCCUACGCUCAUGAGACAGCCGUCGGGCAUGGAAUGAAUGGAUCCAAGGCCUUGCAGAUCCUGGCUCCACAGAGAGAACAGCCCAGAAAAGAAAGUUCCCCAGCCCUCCGCAUUCUUCCAAUGGCCACUCGCCACAGGACACAUCAACAAGCCCCAUUAAAAAGAAAAAGAAACCCGGCUUACUGAACAAUAACAAUAAGGAGCAGUCAGAACUAAGACAUGGUCCGUUUUACUAUAUGAAGCAGCCACUCACCACAGACCCUGUUGAUGUUGUACCGCAGGAUGGACGGAAUGAUUUCUACUGCUGGGUUUGUCACCGGGAAGGCCAAGUCCUUUGCUGUGAGCUCUGUCCCCGGGUUUAUCACGCUAAGUGUCUGAGACUGACAUCGGAACCAGAGGGGGACUGGUUUUGUCCUGAAUGUGAGAAGAUUACAGUAGCAGAAUGCAUCGAGACUCAGAGUAAAGCCAUGACAAUGCUCACCAUUGAACAGCUCUCCUACCUGCUCAAAUUUGCCAUUCAGAAAAUGAAACAGCCAGGGACGGAUGCAUUCCAGAAGCCUGUUCCAUUGGAACAGCAUCCCGACUACGCAGAAUACAUCUUCCAUCCUAUGGAUCUUUGUACAUUGGAAAAGAAUGCUAAAAAGAAAAUGUAUGGCUGUACAGAAGCUUUCCUGGCCGACGCAAAGUGGAUUUUGCACAACUGCAUCAUUUAUAAUGGAGGAAAUCACAAAUUGACCCAGAUAGCGAAAGUAGUCAUCAAAAUCUGUGAGCAUGAGAUGAAUGAAAUUGAAGUAUGUCCAGAGUGUUACCUAGCUGCUUGCCAGAAACGAGAUAACUGGUUCUGUGAGCCUUGUAGCAAUCCACAUCCUUUGGUCUGGGCGAAACUGAAGGGGUUUCCGUUCUGGCCUGCAAAAGCUCUGAGGGAUAAAGAUGGACAGGUUGAUGCUCGUUUCUUUGGACAACAUGACAGGGCCUGGGUUCCAAUAAAUAAUUGCUACCUCAUGUCCAAAGAAAUUCCUUUUUCUGUGAAAAAGACGAAAAGCAUCUUCAACAGUGCAAUGCAAGAGAUGGAGGUGUAUGUGGAGAACAUCCGCAGGAAGUUCGGGGUUUUUAACUACUCUCCCUUCAGGACGCCGUACACGCCCAACAGCCAGUACCAAAUGCUGCUCGAUCCCAGCAAUCCCAGCGCAGGUGCCGCCAAGAUAGACAAGCAGGAGAAGGUCAAGCUCAACUUCGACAUGACGGCGUCCCCCAAGAUCUUGAUGAGCAAGCCCAUGCUGAGCGGGGGCACGGGCCGUCGGAUCUCCUUGUCCGAUAUACCACGCUCCCCCAUGAGCACAAACUCUUCUGUGCACACGGGCUCCGACGUGGAGCAGGACGCCGAGAAGAAGGCCACGUCGAGCCACUUCAGCGCCAGUGAGGAGUCCAUGGACUUCCUGGACAAGAGCACAGCUUCACCAGCCUCUGCCAAGACGGGACAAGCAGGGAGUUUGUCCGGCAGCCCGAAAACCUUCUCUCCUCAAGCGUCCACGCCCAUCACGACGAAAACGGACAAAACGUCUACCACUGGAAGCAUCCUGAAUCUUAACUUGGAUCGGAGCAAGGCCGAGAUGGACCUAAAGGAGCUGAGCGAGUCGGUCCAGCAGCAGACCGCGCCCGUCCCCCUCCUCUCGCCCAAGCGGCAGAUCCGCAGCAGAUUCCAGCUAAAUCUCGACAAGACCAUAGAGAGCUGCAAAGCACAGUUAGGCAUAAAUGAAAUCUCAGAAGAUGUUUACACGGCUGUGGAGCACAGCGAUUCGGAAGAUUCAGAGAAGUCCGAUAGCAGUGAUAGUGAGUAUAUCAGUGAUGAUGAACAGAAGUCCAAGAAUGAGCCAGAAGGCGCAGAAGACAAAGAGGGUAGUCGGGUGGACAAAGAGCCAUCGGCUGUCAAAAAAAAACCCAAACUGGCAAACCCAGUGGAGACUAAGGAGGAGCUGAAAAGCACAUCACCGGCCAGCGAGAAAGCAGAUCCCGGCUCGGUCAAGGAAAAGGCCAGCCCCCAGCCUGAGAAGGACUUCUCCGAAAAAGCAAAAGCCUCCCCUCACCCUGCAAAGGAUAAACUGAAGGGGAAAGAUGAGACGGAUUCCCCAACAGUACAUUUGGGCCUGGACUCCGAUUCAGAAAGUGAACUUGUCAUAGAUUUAGGAGAAGACCAUACUGGGCGGGAGGGUCGAAAAAAUAAGAAGGAACCCAAAGAAACAUCUCCCAAGCAGGAUGUCGUAGGUAAAGCUCCACCAUCCACUACGGCGGGCGGCCAGUCCCCACCCGAAACUCCGCUCCUCACCCGCUCCUCCUCCCAAACUCCCACGGCUGGUGUCACGGCCACCACCAGCACCACGUCCACCGUCACGGCCCCGGCCGCCGCCGCCACGGGAAGCCCGGUGAAAAAGCAGAGGCCGCUUUUACCGAAGGAGACUGCCCCGGCCGUGCAGCGGGUCGUGUGGAACUCGUCAAGUAAGUUUCAAACGUCUUCCCAAAAGUGGCACAUGCAGAAGAUACAGCGCCAACAGGAGAGCCAACAGGAGAGCCAGCAGCAGCCACAGUGCUCCCAGGGGACGAGAUAUCAGACCAGACAGGCUGUGAAAGCUGUGCAGCAGAAGGAGAUCACGCAGAGCCCAUCCACCUCCACCAUCACCCUGGUGACCAGCACCCAGUCGUCGCCUCUGGUCACCAGCUCGGGGGCCACGAGCACCCUCGCGUCCUCAGUCAGCGCAGACCUGCCCAUCGCCACUGCCUCCGCUGAUGUUGCUGCGGACAUUGCCAAGUACACUAGCAAAAUGAUGGAUGCAAUAAAAGGAACGAUGACAGAAAUCUACAACGAUCUUUCUAAAAACACUACUGGGAGCACAAUAGCCGAGAUUCGCAGGCUGAGGAUCGAGAUCGAGAAGCUGCAGUGGCUGCACCAACAGGAGCUCUCGGAAAUGAAGCACAACUUGGAGCUGACCAUGGCGGAGAUGCGGCAGAGCCUGGAGCAGGAGCGGGACCGGCUCAUCGCCGAGGUGAAGAAGCAGCUGGAGCUGGAGAAGCAGCAGGCGGUGGACGAGACCAAGAAGAAGCAGUGGUGCGCCAACUGCAAGAAGGAGGCCAUCUUCUACUGCUGUUGGAACACCAGCUACUGCGACUACCCCUGCCAGCAGGCCCACUGGCCCGAGCACAUGAAGUCCUGUACGCAGUCAGCUACUGCUCCUCAGCAGGAAGCAGACGCCGAGGUAAACACAGAAACACUAAACAAGUCUUCUGGCACACAGGCGGCCCCUACGGAUGCCGCCAGCACCUCGAAAGACAAGGAGCCUUCCACGGAGAAAAGCAAGGACAGCGGCUCGACCAUUCCCGGGGCAGUAAGUCUAGUUGCUGGGGCAGCAGCGACGAGAAGCGAGGAUCCACACGCUCCGAGCACAACGCCAGUGCCAGUUCGAAGAGCCUCCUCCCGAAAGAGUCUCGGCUGGACACCUUCUGGGACUAGGGACAAGUCGCGACACAAGCCACCCACCCCGUGGAGGAAGAAGAAACCAGACACCAGGGCAACAGGAAGCGGCAAGGAAACCUGAGACAGGAGAGCCUCCUUCAGACUUGAGAAUUCCAGACACCCCGACUUGGCCUUGGCCCUCGACUCGGAGGGCAGCCCACACUACAGUGCGUCCGGCAUUAGCAUUGACUGAGGACUGUUUGACCCACACGAAAUCUAUGCUUUAGAUGUAAAUAAUGUACAAUUUGUGGAUGUCAUUGAACCUAGAGUACCUUCCCCUUUUUAUAUUUGUAUUGACUUUAACUUAUAAAAAAAAAAAAAAAAAGAAGAAAGAAAAAGAAAAACGAUUAAAAAAACAAGAAACACCCAACCACAAAAGGAAUGUUUUGACGUUGGAGGAGGAGGGAUGGUUGGUCAGCCCGGCUGUCCCUGUGGCAUGGUGACUAGGCCCCAGGACCGCCGUGGCACACAGGCCCUCGUCCUUGGACGCCCCGGGGGAAAGUGAGCCGUUUUCAUUCAUACGUCUGUAUGCAGCACAUUGGAAUCAGGAGUUUUCGGCACAGGAUCUGUGCCGUCGUGGGCACAUCACGUCAAGCCAUUGGCCCCUUUCCAAUACUACGUUACUGUGUUAUAAAAUGCAAGCUCUCUGGCCCCGAAGGACAGGGAGAAGCUAGUUUAUUUUGUGUGAUUUCAGCAAUGACUACUCGAAAAGGGAAGAAAUCAGGUCCUUGUUUACAGAAGAUACACAGAAGAAGCAAGCCCCGCUCAGCUCAGCCGAAGAGAGCAGAGAAAGUGUUAGGCGUCCUAAGCUCUGGAACAAAGAGAAGUCUUUGCUUUGCUUUGUGGUUCCUUUUACACACACUCACACAUACUUGGUAAGAGAUGCUGUGCCUCUUGGAAGUGAGAAACUCAAAGGCAGGAUGCACGCAGAGGACAUGGGAGUCCGGGAUGAAGCAUGUAUGUAUUAUUUAUACGAUGGGAUUUUACGUUUUUAUGUAAGCAUGAAACAAAGGCAGUGGGAGAGAAUGCCAGACGCCGGCCACACUCCCUGUCACAUGUCACACUACGUAUACGGUAGUACCAUUUUGUAUGUUGUGUCGAACAAAACGCAUUGAACAAAGCAAAAAGGUGAUGUAUGUAUAUGAGAAAAUUAACUGUACGGUAUCAUUCCAGUACAUUCUGUUGUAUAUUUUAGUCCUGUUUACUUUCUCUUCAUUGUUGAUAAGAGGAUGUGAAUUGUACAGUUUCCAGCUAGUUCCCCAUACAUAUUAGAGAAGAACUAAAAAGAGAGUAUAGAAGAAAAAGAGAGAAAGAACAUUUGUGAAUUGCAGGUGUCAAAAAAAAAAAAAAAAUAGCCUAGCUGGCCUUAUUUGCGAAGCCUAAUUGCUUUUAGCAUAUGGAAGUAUUUUUUCACAUUUUCUUUGUAUAAAAUUUGUAUUAAACUUAAAUAUCUUUUUUGAUGACGGCGUUUCUUUGUGACUGAGCCAGUGCACUCCCACGGUGUGCUUUUUUGGGUUCCACCCCUCCCCCCGGUUUUUUCAGAUUCUUCACCUUUUUUUAAUUAAACUGUUUUGGAAAAAUG